GCGUUCAGAAAUUAAUUUUCAUUUUGUUCUUUAAUCGGGUGACUCUACCAAGAGGCUAGCACGGAAGUGCUGGAAGAGCACACAUACCGAGACAUCUGGAUCAGUGUUAAAGAAGCAAAACGGGCGCUCGGUGUCAUAGAGCGCCUAAGUAUCCGGCUCAUCCGUUGGAACUCCAUCGGCCAACCAGUGCAGCUGCUGCGCCUCUGGCGUCAACCCUGAAGUAAGACGUGUCUCCAACGAUGAUUCUCCGAGCACUAUGUCUGUCGCUCGUGGCUACUCUAUUAUUUCUAAAUGUCCAAGUCGUGGCUCAGGACCCGACUCACGAAAUAACAUCAUUCGAAAACCUUCCGGCAAAAUUAGUAUUUUUGGAGGAUACCACAACUGCUUUUUACUUGGAUGACUUGGAAGGAGUUUUAUAUGUCUCGCAGGACGAAGGGAAAUCAUGGAGUGCAGCAGACAACAUUCCCGCAGGCGAGGCCACUAUGGUCAUUGAGCAUCCAUUCGAGAAAAAUUACGCCUUUGUGUUGACGCAAGGAUACAUACAUUACCGAACCGAAGACCGAGGGAAGACUUGGAGGCCGUUCGAUGUCCCUGUCAGACCAGCCUUCGUUGCUCAACCGUUAUCUUUUCACUCUGAUCCAAAGAAGUACGGAUACAUACUCUACCAAGGAACGUCCUGUGAUCAAGUUGGCUGGGGAACUGUAUGUCAUGACGAAACCUAUUACACCAAAGAGGCUUUCACAGAUGAAGCAAAGCUACUUCUCACAGAAACCACUCGUUGUCAAUUUGCACAUAGCACUGUCGAUUUCAAGCAUGAAGCUCACUCAGACUUGAUUUACUGUGUCGCGUUUGACACGCUCGAAGGAAUGCAUUCUCUUUCUCACAGCCGACUAUACUCUACUACCACCUUUUUCGACGAAGACAUGACCGUCGAGGACUUGGGAAUUGGUAGCAAAAACGCAAAAGGCGUUUUUGCAUUCGCUAUAGUGGCAAAAUAUGCCGUCGUGGCCCUCAAGGAUAUGUCAGCGGAUAACAACGGAGAGAUGCUUUUGUACGUGUCAGUGGAUACUAAGACUUGGGCAAAGGCACAGUUCCCACAUGCGUCUUCUGCACGCUUAAGGGAAAAUGCAUAUACCAUCGUUGAAUCGACCACGCAUUCUUUGGCGGUGGACGUCGUUCUUCAGGACCAAGGCACUAUCGGAACGCUUUUCGUCUCAAACUCGAACGGAACCUUUUUCGUGCAGAGUCUAAAGGAUACGAAUAGGAACGACAUGGGUUUUGUGGAUUUUGAAAAGCUUUUUGGUGUUGAUGGUGUGGGCAUUGCCAAUGUUGUAGCCAAUGCAGAGGAAGUCGAAGGACGAGGUGCUUCCAAGCUUCUCAAAAGCGUAAUGACUUUUGACGAUGGAAGCAACUGGUCCCCAAUAAAACCACCCUCAUACGACUCUAGCGGCGCGCGAGUCAACUGCAAUCCUGGCGACGAUGACUGCGGUCUCCAUCUUUGGUCUGUCACCGCUCCGCACAACUUUGGGAGGAUCUUCUCAUCUCCUGCGCCUGGUAUCGUCAUGGGUGUGGGUUCGAUAGGGAAGACGCUGCUCCCGUAUGAAGAUUGUGAUACGUUUUUGAGUACGGAUGCAGGGUUGACUUGGAAGAUGAUCACUAAGGACGCACAUAAAUAUGAGUUUGGAGACUCGGGGAGUGUUAUUAUAGCGAUCAACGAUGAAGAUGGUGUAGACAACAUCUUAUACUCGUUGGAUAUGGGCGUAACUUGGAAAAGUUACAAUCUCGGCCUUAAGCUGCGCGCUCGCGCUCUCUCUACUGUCCCCGACUCUACCUCACAAAAAUUCAUCCUCGUUGGUCAAGUAUCCCGCAAAGACGAAAAUUACAAUCAGUACGGUAGAUAUGUCGUUGUGUUCCUGGACUUUGCUGGGAUCAGGAAUAGAAAAUGCGAGAAGGACGACUUUGAAAACUGGUAUGCUAGGUCAGGGAAGUCGGAGUGCUUAAUGGGACAUAAGCAAUGGUAUCGGCGCCGAAAAGCCUCAGCCGAUUGUUACGUCGGUGAUAAAUUCAUUGAUCCCGUUGAGCACGAAGACAAUUGUCAAUGCACAGAUGCUGAUUAUGAAUGUGACUUCAACUUCGUUCGUGAUGGCGACAACUGUGUUCCUGUUGGACCCGAGCCGAUAGCCGCUGGAGUGUGUACGCUUCCAAGCCAAAAGUACAUGGGGUCUUCUGGGUGGAGGAAGAUUCCGGGUAAUACGUGUACUGGAGGACACAAGGAUGAUAAGGUCGAGAAGGAUUGCUCGAAUGCUCAACCCAAAGAAGGCGAGGUCAUACACCAAACCUUCGAAUUCCCUAGUCAGAUUGUGCAACAUGCCUAUUUCCGCGAUCACCCCACGAUUUUGGUCCGCUUACACGAUAACAGUAUCUGGAAAUCUAGUAACGAAGGUUAUACCUGGAGCCAAUUUGCCCCAGAUGAAAAGUUCCUCGCCUUCUACCACCAUCCUUACUCUUCCGACCGCGCCUAUCUUAUCACCCCCGAAUCAUAUUUCUACUCGACCACCGACGCCGGUCGCUCAUGGAAUAAAUGGAACGCUCCCGCACCACCAAAUACCUUCCGCGCCCAGGUCCUCCGAUUUCAACCUGAAGCCGACAGACUCAUUUGGACAGGAAAUGUAAAAUGUAACACGGGCUUGUUCGAGGAUUGUCACGCCACUGCGUGGUACUCUCGAGACCACGGCCGUAAUUGGAAGCAGAUAGAAGAAUACGUAGUCAACUGUGCUUGGGCAAGUGAUACGAAGCUGAACGCGGACCCAACGGAGAUUCUUUGUGAGAGUUAUCAGCGGAAAGAGGGAAAUCAGAGAUUCUUUUUGCAGGAUAAUCCGCUGGAAUUGAUUGAAGGACAAGGAUAUUAUUCGAAGAAGAAAAAGUUGUUCAAUCAGGUCGUUGGGUUUGCUAAGUUUUCGGAGUUCCUAGUCGUUGCAGAACUUGCGUCGUCAGGUCGCGCUUUGGAACUUCAAGUUUCCCUAGAUGGUGUAAACUUCGCAACUGGUGAAUUCCCACCAAGUAUGCAUCCCGAAACGCAUGCUUACACUGUCCUCGAAUCUUCCACUGGGUCUCUCUUCAUCCACAUGACGAUGUCCGAACCUCCGAGUCCGUACUGGGGUACUAUCCUCAAGUCAAACUCUAAUGGAACAUAUUUCAUCGUAUCGCAAGAGCUCGUAAACCGUGAUGAGCGGGGUUACGUUGAUUUCGAAAAGGUAAUCGGCCUGGAUGGUAUUGCCUUGAUUAACAUCGUCGCGAAUCCUUUUGACGCAAUGCUUUCUGGGAGAAAGCUGAUUGCAAGUAGAAUCACGCAUAACGAUGGAAGUACAUGGAAACCGUUGACGCCACCCACUGUCGACUCUGAGGGAAACUCUUACUGGUGUGAUUACACCGCAUGUUCUCUUCAUGUUCACGGCUAUACCGAACGAAGAGACCCAAGAGCAACUUAUAGCAGUCCUUCCAUCGUCGGACUCAUCAUGGCUGUAGGCAACGUCGGGGAAGAACUCGCACCCUACACCGACAGUGACACCUUCCUCAGUCGUGACGCCGGUUUCACCUGGGAGGAAGUUCACAAAGACGCUCACCUUUGGGAAUUUGGUGACUCUGGUUCUAUUCUCAUCAUGGCAAAUGACGAAGAACCCACGGAUCAUGUCUUGUUCAGUACGGAUGAAGGGGCUAAAUGGCGCGAAUACAAAUUCACCAAUGAUAAGAUAAGGGUCACAGCGAUCGUUACAGUUCCUUCAGAUAACAGUAGAAGGUUCAUUUUGAUGGGCCAGUAUCCAUCGAGGCAGACAGAAUCUGUGGUGGUGCAUAUUGACUUUUCGGCGCUCACAGGCAGGAAAUGUGUUUUGAAAGUCGAGGACCCAAGUCAUGACGACUUUGAAUUGUGGAGUCCAAGUGAGGAUCGUAACGAGCUCUGUCUUUUUGGUCGCCAAACGCUGUACCAUCGCCGUAUUAGGGAUACUAACUGCUACAUUGGAGACCAACGCAAGGAAGAAGCUCGUAUACAAAAGAAUUGUGCUUGUUCUACCGUUGAUUUCGAAUGUGAAUUCAACUACAUCAAGAAUGCAAAUGACGAGUGUGUUCUAGCACCUGGAACGACACCCUUGUCGAACGAUGAAACUUGCCGAGCUGGUGAAGAGUUCUGGUAUGAAAGGACACCAUAUCGCAAGAUAACGUACUCCACUUGUGAUGGCGGUCACCGGCCAGAUCGUGGAAAGGCCCACCCAUGUCCCGGGUUCAAGCAUCAUUCGGGAUGGUUCUGGUGGUUUGUCAUCCUCAUCUCCUUCGGCCUUGCUGGAUUGGUUGGGUUAUAUUUCUAUCGACGCAGCGGGAUUGCCCGAGGAAACAUCAGGCUUCCUACCGACGCAAGAUCGAGUCGUUUGGCUGGCGAUGAUGGCGUCCUUUCAACUUUGGCAUCGGUACCAUGGUUCCUCGUCGGAUUGGCUGGAAUUGCUUGGGAAUUUGUUGCAUCGAAUGUGGAAUCACUAUCGAAUUCAUAUCGGGCUCGUAGAGGAUACCGGAAUCUGCCUGUCGAUGAGGAUGCACAGAUACUGAGGUUUGAAGACGAAGAGUAGUCUUGAUGCUCACACGUGAUAUAGCUAGUUGGUCGCCCAUCAACAUCACCCUGGGGAAUCUGAGUUCUCGACCAACCAACUCAGGUGAAAGCGAGCGUCCAUAUUGCAAUCUGAUACCAUUCUUUUUUAUGAUCCCAGAAUAGCAUUGGCGUCACCGUAAUUUAUUUACUUAUAAAAUUGUAGAAUCUGACUCCCUCAAAAUUGUCUCCCAUUCCAUUUGUUCUGUACAAGUAGGGGUGAAUGUCGUUACAUAGUAGAGCAAUACUCAUGUUUGGGUCCAGUGCGCACUUUACGAGGUCAUGACAAUGUACAACAAUUUUUUCUGCUUACA